UUAGUUGAUGGGAUUGCUGGUUGGUUUUGAUAUUUCUCUUGUUCAGUUACCUGUUGUGAUAUUUUGCCUAAAGAAAGUGAAACACUGCUUUACCACACCUUAGUUAAAAGAGUUAAUGUGUUUAUUCUGAUGUGCAGCAAAUAUGUCCAGUGUUUUGUAUAGUAACUUUGCUGUAAAUGUCAUAAGACUCUAAGAAAUUCUGAGUUGACACAAGGAUUGUCUUGCAGAAGGUGCUUCUCCCCAUGUUGCUUAAGUGUUAGCACAGUUCUGCCACUGAGCUCUUUCUUGCAUCUCCUCUCAUUUUGUCAUCACUGCUCUGGAAACAUGGAAGACAUUUUUGUGGGCAUGAGACAAUGCCAUCUCCCUUUUGUAGGUGAUAUAGAAAGACUGAGUUUGUUGCUUGGUUCAUUACCUAAAACCUUCCCUGUACAUUAAACUUCUGUAGUUUGGUCUUUUCCACUUACCCAAACUGUCUUCCAUUUGUUCUUCAUUUGCCUUAUGUCUUAAAUAUCAGCGACUGGUUAAUUAAAGAUCUGAUGAGCUGGGUAUUCUCAGCUGUUGCAGGUCACUGAUCUAUUUAAUAUGCUUUUACACUGGAGAAUACUUAGCUAUCAAAACCAAGUGCCCUAUUUUAUUAAUCUUGUAUUAUGACAGGGUUUUGUUCUCCAAGUUGAGUAUAUUUGCUGUCUCUUCUUAAUUAUUUAGAUUAUUCCAAUUUAUGCCACUUUCUUCAUAUAUGAAUGGCACAGGUCCAGGGUGUGAAUCUGCUUGAGCUGGAGCUGUGCAUAAGCCUUUACUGUAAGAAUGAUUUUAUCUGUUAAUAUUUUGAUGUGGAUGCAUUUGUGUCAUCUUGCUAAUUUCUUUGUUGCUGUUCUGUCUUCCUGCCCAGUUCUCACUGUUCCUUUGCUGUGAGCAAACAUUUUGCAACAUGCUAGCAAAGUGUGCCCUUUACAUGCAGAAUGUCAAUCUAGUCUUUCCACUAGUUAGUGUUAGCUGAAAGGAAGCUAAGAGAGCAGCAGAAUUGCUGUUAAUGCACCCAGAUGUUUCUGCAUUCUCUUUUAUUUUGCUUAAAAAACUUACCUAUAAAAUCAUUACCUAAUUUAAGAAAUUGUAGCUAAAAGAUGUUAGCGUACGGAUUGUCCUUCUGCAUGCCUCCGUCAGCAUACGUUCUGUUAUACAAUCAUAAUUACAUGGUUGUUUCUCCUUUUUCUACAGAAUGGUUUCUAUUCUUGACUGAAAACAAAACUGUGCAAUGUACGCCCUGUAGACUGUGUGCUUUUAGCUUAUUUGUUGUGGAAGUUGAAAGGGGUAUGCAAAAUGAGCUGUAACAGCAAAAGGAGAGAGCAGGCUGGGUUUUUCUGCUCUUUGAAGAUCAGGAGUAAUAAAAAUCAAAUUGCUUAAACCAAACUUUCAUAUAAACUGGCAAAUAUGUUCUCUGUUUUCUAUAUGCUUGGCAGGAGGGGCUCAGAAGUGAUUGGUAGCUGUGCUGAGCACGUGCAGCUGCCAUUUAGACAACUGAUAGCUGUUCGUUGCCUAUACAAUGUUCUGUGUAAUGUUAAUGGGCUAAAAUCAUAUCAUACAUCUGGAGCUGAGCACCCAAAAUUAGCAGACAUUUUCUCUCUGGCUCAGUUAGUUGUCUGUAAAAUAAUCUCUUCUCUCCUUACAGGACUGCUGUGAAAAUAACUUAUUAGUGUAUGCCAAUUAGAUGCUCUAGUAGCAAAGAGGAGCUACAAAAACCACUGAGGAAAUUAAUAGCUCUGUCUUUGUUGUGGAUCCUCAUUAGCAUAUAACAAAUGAGCCGUGGGAUCAGGCAGUUCUGUUUUAAAGCAGUGUGUAGAGCUCUGUAGAGAACUCUACAUACUCCAUUUUGCUAGGCAAUAGCUACAAAAAAUUGCUCUGGGAAAUCUUACUGUCAGUUCAAGAGAUGCUGCUUCUUUGUGCUGUACACCUCUGCUAGAGACUUUUGUUUUCAUGGGAGGGAGAGUAGAAGCAAAAUCAGGCUGGUCCCUUCGCUACUGCAGUAAAUGGCACUAUGAUGAUAGAGCUCCAGGAGAGGGUAACUGAACUGGAAAACUGGAAGGAUGGCAAAGGUCUUAUAAUCCAUGGUGCAGGAAACACCUUUUGCUCAGGAUCUGAUUUGAAUGUUGUCAAAGAAAUAUCCAAUUCCCAGGAUGGGAUGAAUAUGUGCAUGUUUAUGCAAAACACCUUAACCAGACUUAUGAGGUUGCCUUUGAUCAGUGUUGCACUAGUUCAAGGAAAGGCUUUUGGAGGAGGAGCAGAACUUACCACAGCAUGUGAUUUCAGGUUGAUGACGCCUGGCAGUGAAAUUCGCUUUGUCCACAAGCACAUGGGCCUGGUGCCAGGCUGGGGAGGAGGUGCCCGGCUGGUGCGGAUGGUGGGCAGCGGGGCAGCCCUGCGGCUGCUGGGCGGGGCUGAGCGGCUGGACCCCGAGAGAGCGCGGAGCCUGGGGCUCUCCGAGGACACGCUGCCGGCCUCGGAUGGAGCCACAGCGCUGCGAGAGGCCCGCGCCUGGCUGAGCCAGUACACUGAGGGCCCGGCCACUGUCAUUCGGGCUGUGAAAAAGGUGGUGACAGCAGGAAGAGAGCUCCCGCUGGAAGCUGCCCUAAGGACAGAGAAGGACAUUUUUGGAACUGUAUGGGGUGGGCCUGCCAAUUUGCAGGCAUUGGCUAGAAGACCAAAACAUAAGUGAUGGUUUAUGCAUAAGAAAUGGGCUUAACUUUUUUGCAAACAAAGCUUUCAGUAAAGCAGCCGUUAAGCUGAAUCAUUUAAGGACUUGUCCAUUUAAAAUGGAAUUAACAUUCCUGCCAUUUAGGUCAGGCAGGCAUAUUUGGUGUGCAACCACAGAGAAAUCCCAGGCAGAUUCUCUACUGUCCUAAUCACCCACUGAAUCGAGAUUAGUGAAAUUACUAUGUAAAGGUAAAUACUGUGCUGAAAAUAGAACUAUAAUUCAUUUGGAAUGAGGCUGAAGAUUAUUUGGUCGUUGUUUUUUUGUUGGUUUUUUUUUUUUUUUUUUAACUAGUAUGGAAAUUAAUUGCUUGAAAGAUCUGAGAUUUAUUCAUUUGCAGAACAGGUGCAUCUAAAGCUGCAAAAUAUGAGUUCCCCAACAUGAGACCAGUGUCUUUAAGCAGCUUGGAAAAGAUGAUUACUAGUGGGAGGAUAGCUUUUAUUUUUUUAUUCUAGUUCGUUCUUUGUGCAAUUGCUGAGAAAGUAUCCUUCAAUUUUAAUGGUGCUUUUACAAGAAAAGCUUUGAGUUACUGGGAAGCUUCUAGCACUCAUUCACUAUCACUGAUUGAGGCUUUUAAAUGUAUUUUGGUAUCUUCUCACUGCUCAAGGAAUCAACUACCCACACAUGCAUCUGCCCAUUCCCAUAUCCUGUACCUGUGCAAAGCUGCUGGCCUGGUUCUUUACACAGAAUCUGGUUGAAAUCUUGGAAGGCUGUGAUGUAUCAUGCCCCGAAAAAGUUUGUCCUUAGGUGACUGGAUGAUGUGAGUACUUCAGUGUUCUGGUAAAGAUGUGAGUGGAUAUGUCUGUGUCUUUCAUCAAUGCAUUUUUACUGGUAGGGUAUAUUUGGGCUGACUAGAAGGUUUGGAACUCAGUCUCCCCUUCAUGCCAGUAAUUGGAUAACUCAGUGGGGAAAGUUUUCCCUUUAGAAAUUAGAAAACUGACACAGAGUGCCUGCUUUAAAAAUAAACAUCUGUGAGAGCAAAACCAUAAAGACAUAUCUGUGACUGAGAGUUUCCUGUACCGUUGGUUAGGAUGCACUUGUCUCUAAAUCCAGCAGGGACUGAGAUCUGAGCCAAGGACCUAAGUACUCUGUGGGAGCACGUAAAGAAGGAAGCUCUGGGCUCUGUGCCACUGACAUACCUUCUUGCUCUGACCAGGUAUAACUAGCUCAAGAUCAUCGAACAAGCUCCCUUAAGAAAACAAGGCAGUAUCUUUGAUGGAAAUCCAUGUUACGAUUUCCUAGUAUGGCAGGAGUCCUGAGUUUUAGACAGUGACGUAACUACAUAUGUUUGAGGACUUGGGGACAAAUCAGGGUUGGGAAUUAGGCUUGGAUUGCCUGUUAUGAUUAUGCAGGUUUUGAGCAGAUUCUGUGAUCUGCUGGGGAUGUUUUACUGUGUGGUUUUCACAGCAAUGAAUAUAGCCUGAAGCAAGAGAAAUGCUGAGGAAAGGGAUGUAUUUUGAGUUGGCAUCUCAGGGAAGAUAAGGAACUUACCUCCACCCUGUUGAUCCUGCUUGAUCCUAGUUGAUCCUAGUCUCACAUUUGCUUCAAUAUCUGAAGCACUAAUGGAGGAAGCUUUCAAAUCUCUCUUCCCCAAAAAUAAAGUUUAGUUUUUCCUUUUAGGUUAGAGAAGAAACAGGAAUGAGAACAUGGGGAAGAGAGUAGUGUUUUGGUUUGUGCCUUUCUCCCCUGGCUCCUUUUUAUCCAGUAGCCCAGUAGUUACUCCUGUGUAGCUGGAUUAUUUCCCAUGCCCUAAAGAACUUCAAAACUGUUACUUCAGAAGAGCGAAUGCUUUAGUAUAAUCAGGCAGCUCUUGACUGUUUAGUCGUGAAGCUGUUCUGCUUUUCAUUAAGUUUCUCAAGAUUAAUAGGGACUUGAGGCUUUAGACUGCAGCAUUACUGAACCUUCAAGGCACACUCCAGUCCAUACUCAUCCAGUUUUUUGAAGCAAUAGCACAUAAUGUUGUUGUGAGUCAAAAAAAAUAUGUUUUAAAGGGCAACUGAUUAUGUCUUUGCUUUUAGCAAGAAUGUAUGUGCCAUUACUAAUACUGUUAUUGUUUUUUAAAUUGAUGUGAAAAUUACUUGGAAUCUGAGUAAGAUCCUUGGAUAUUUUUUUCUUUGGUGUAUUAGGCUCCUAAGUGUAUUCUGUGUACUGGGUUAUAGAAAUUUGAGAGGGAAGAAAUUGUAGGACAAAGGCAGAAUCUGGUUUCUUUCACAUUUUGAACCAGAUCUGUGCUGGCAGUUAGUGAAUGGUAAGUACACCUCUGGGGAUCUCCUUCCAUUUUGAUUUAUAGACAAUGAGCUUAAUUCUCAUUUCAGCAAAUGUAUUUCCCCAGCCACCCUUUCUGAUUUGUAUCAAAGGCCAGUGUUUGCUUCUAAGAAAACAGGACAAAUAAUUAACUAUUACACACCAAGACACAUUCAGAACAGUUUCAGAGAGGGUUAUGGAACCCAUUUUGCUGGUAUCAUAAAUAUACCAAGCAUAGGUACAGGACAUUCUGAAGAUCAUGACAGGUUGUGAUCAAGGAUAUUGUGAGCAGUCUUAUACCAUAUUCUCUGGUUUAUUUUCUUCUAAAAGUAAGUAGAGCCCUUCAUACAAAUACCAGCCCAGCUAAAUUAUCAUGAGUGCUAAGAUGAAAGUUCCAGACUGAGAUGAAAUGGAAUCCCAUUUUACCCAUUUGAAAGCUAAAUGCUUUAUUUCACAGAAUACUUUCUUAUCAUCUUAAAGUGACAAAUAUCUUUAACCAGCAGUUGAUAAAUGUUUGUAUUUUCUUUACAAUUAUUAAAGAUGUUAAGCUUCAUCUCAGGGGUUUUUUUUCCUUCUGAAAUGGUUUAAAAACAAACAAGUACUAAACGCACAAAAUAAUUAGAAACAUCAAAAUUUAUAGUCCCAGUCUCCUAAUUAAAUAGCAUGCCAGCUUUUGUAUUUCCUAGGGGCUAGCUUGCCAGCUCCCUCCUCAGCAAACUAAGUUUCCUUUUACAUUGUGAAAUGUCUGUCUUGUUUUUCUUCUGUGUAGACAAUCCAAGGGUUUAAUGGGAGUUUGGAUUCUGUACCAAGCCUGUAAAGGUUGGAUAUUGGAGAUCACUUUUAGCAAUACAAAUACUUCUAUCUUAUUUGCUGCUGAUAGAAAUAUAUUUACCAGAUGGUCAAUCUAGAUAAGCAAGGUGUUCUUGCAGAAUGCUUGGGUCCCUAUCUGAUUUGUAUUUUUUUUUAGCCAUGAAAUAGGAUUCCUGUAUCUGUGGUUAUCUGUUCUGGAAAUGAUGAGAUGCUGUAGAUUUCAUAGAAUUUAAACUUCCUUUCUCAUUUUCCCUUCUGCUCCACUGCACAUUUAUCUGGCUACACUGCAUAAGUUGAAAAUCACUUAGUGCAUGGAAUUACAGUCAACCACAUAAUGCAGUGUGGCUGUGGCUUUGCUAAAAUGGACAGAGAACACAUUUCCUACUGAAAGUAAUGGUUUAAAUAUAAGAUGGGAAUUAUCAGUUACUACUUUUCCCUAGCUUGAUCUGGGGAGUGCAGUUGCUACUCUGACAGCUUGUUAUUAAGGUCUCACCAGCCUUACUUUAACUAAUUUUAGUGUUUCACAGCUGCAGUCAGCCAGCAGGAGCCAAAAGCAGAAUCACGGGUGUGGGGCUGAACUCCCUACUUGGGUUAAAAACCCCAAAGAUAAUCACUGAUAGAAUUAUUGGGCUGUAAAUCCUAAAAUUAAGUAUAUAGUGGGUCAUGUUCCUCUAUUUUCUUUCUUGCUUUUUUCAACCCAUACUCAUGAAAUGCGUGCACAUAGCUGAUGUGUUCUUAGUGAAGGCUUUUGCAGUACAAAGUCAUGCUUUGGUUAGAGCCACUGUGUACUAACUCAAAUCAGAGAAGUAAGACAUCUAGCAACUAACAGAGAUAAAAGCAUUCCGUCCAGUUUCCUUCCUGAAGUCCAUGUAACUGGUGUAUUUCCUUAUGGGACUGGAAGAUGAUAGUGAAAAUCUGUGAUCAUGAGCACUUAUUCCUAACUGAGAAUGGAGGAAAUCUUCCUUAUUCCAUCCUAGUCUCACCUGCACUUUCCUGAUCCACUGAUCUCACCUGUAGGCAGCAGAGAAGGGGCAUAACUUUGUCCAAUAUCAGACACAUUUCAUUACAGUAAGAACAUUAUAGAUGUUUAAAUCUACCAUUUUUAAAAGUCAGCCUUUUAAAUUCCCUUCAACUGGUUGUUUUGUUAAAGCAACUUUUGUCUUAAGAUCAGAAGCACCUAUGUAUCAGCUACUGUCCCUUUCUAUUCUGAGAUACGUAUACUAAGAAUUGGAGUUUAAUUAGCUUUAUUUUAAAAGAAAAUCCAAAGUCAACUAAUGCUGUUUCUCAGUCUCAAAAAAAUGCUAAAGAACUGCCAGAGAGAUAAAAGACAAGCUGUGUUUCUCAAGAUAUAGCUUUUAACAUUCAGAAGUCUGUUGAAAUGCAGCUCCCACACUGCUAAUCCAAGCACGAAACUACCAUUUCUGUGCUGCCACCACAAUUUUGCUAUGAACAGAGGAACAGCACUACAGUCCAUAACAUCCAUGUCCUUUGUUAUAGGGUCAGCUUUGAUAACUUACCCUCUUUUAUCAAUAUUUCUGCUGUUAAAAUAAGGCUGUGUGUUACUUCUGCCUACCAUCAACAGUGAAGUGAGUUAAUCAGCUCUUCAGAUGUCUGUGUUAAGCUUGCAACUUAUGAUUAAAAGACAAUACUCCUACAGCAUUGUGUUUGAGCGACAGCCAGUCAGGGAUGCAGGAAUAUCAGGAUGGCACUCAGAUCUAGUCCUCCCUUCUGGUAAACAUAGGAAGCUGUUUUAUGAUCAUUUUCUUUCAACUUCCUUCAGUGAAGUUCAAUUAAACUGGAAACAUAUCUGAGAUUGUUACUGAUAAAAUGUAGUUUUAUUAAAUUAUAAAUUCUGUAACAAAAACAAGACAGAUCAAGAAAGAUCUCAAUAAACAAAACUACAAGGACUAGAUGGCAAAGCCAGUGAAAAAGCCAUGGAGAGUGUAAAGGUAAGGAUUUGCAACACAAGUUAACAGCAUUUUUACAUUUCCAUUGAAAGAAGGUAAAUGAUUGCUCUUGUCUAGUAAAAACACAUUUUAACUCCAAACUCACAUCUAUUUUCUCACAUUAAAUUAAGCAUCCUGCUCACACCCAACACCUUGCCUGAUUCCACAUAGCUUUAGUGUUCUUUUCAUACAUCAAUCCAUGCAGAAAGUAGUAAGACACUUAAUGCAACAGUCAGAUAAUGAAGACAAUUCAAGUUGUACAGUAGAUAUACAUUGGCCAAAAAGGGAUAGAGUAUCUUCAAGGGGAAAAUGCUACAAAAUAAACACAAGACAUUUUCAAGAAAACUGGGCAUUGCUAAAGAGCUUUCAAACCAUCAACAGGACAACCCAGUUUCCUAGAGUUAAAGAGUCAUGUUAAGAGGCUUAAGUUAAAA